UUUAAUUGUAAGGAGGAUCUGGACAUCAGCAAUGAAUGUGUAAGAAAGAAGAGUUGCCAGUCGACGAAAGUGAGGAGGAACAGGAGGAUUCUCCCGAAGAAGACAUAUUGCCUGCUAAGAAAAAGGGUAAACACAAAGCUAAAACGCCUAUAGACGAUGUGGAGGAAGAAAUUAAGAAACUAAAUCUGAAAGAGUCUUUGCCAGAAUUUGAGAAGCCUAAGAAGUCCAAGGGCAAAACAGAGGAUGGCAGUGACGCUUCAGGAGACGAAGAUAGCAAGGGUUCUGGAGGCAAAACGGAAGCCGCAGAGAAGAAACUAAGCCACAAAGAGAAGAAGAAACUUAAGAAGAUGCAAGAAUACGAGAAGCAAAUGGAGAUGAUGACAAAGAAGGGCGGCCAAGGCCAUAGUGAGCUGGACGCCAACUUCACUGUCAGCCAGGCGCAGAAAUCUGCUGGUCAGAUGGCAGCGCUAGAGAACGCAGUAGACAUCAAAGUGGAAAACUUCUCCAUAGCCGCUAAAGGGAAGGACCUGUUCGUGAACGCCAACCUGCUGAUCGCUCACGGGCGCCGCUACGGUCUCGUGGGGCCGAACGGGCACGGCAAGACCACGCUGCUGCGGCAUCUGGCUCAGCGCGCCUUCCCACUCCCUCCUCAUAUAGACAUACUGCUGUGCGAGCAGGAGGUCACUGCUAACGAUAUGAGCGCUGUUGAAACUAUUUUGGAAGCCGAUGUUAAAAGGACUGAACUGCUCAAGGAAUGUAAGGAGUUGGAGGCAGAAACUGAGAAAGGAAAUCUCAGCAAGCAAGAGAGAUUAAAUGAGGUGUACGCAGAGCUGAAAGCGAUUGGUGCCGACUCGGCAGAGCCCCGUGCGAGGCGUAUCCUAGCUGGUCUAGGCUUCAGCCGCGAGAUGCAGGACCGCGCUACGAAGAACUUCUCCGGUGGCUGGCGUAUGAGGGUUUCGCUGGCGAGAGCCCUGUACAUUGAACCUACGCUGCUAAUGCUCGACGAGCCUACGAACCACUUGGAUCUCAACGCCGUCAUUUGGCUUGACAACUACCUCCAAGGCUGGAAGAAAACCCUCCUAGUAGUCUCCCACGACCAGUCCUUCCUCGACAACGUGUGCAACGAGAUCAUCCACCUGGACCAACAGAAACUGUUCUACUACAAGGGCAACUACUCCAUGUUCAAGAAGAUGUACGCGCAGAAGAGGAAGGAGCAGAUCAAGGAGUACGAGAAACAGGAGAAGAGGCUCAAGGAUCUGAAGGCGCAUGGACAGUCCAAGAAACAGGCCGAAAAGAAAGAAAAGCAAGAAAAGAACAGAAGUAAGACGCAACGGGAAGAGGAAGAAUCAGCGGUGCCUGUGACCUUACUGCAGAGGCCCAAGGAAUAUCUCGUCAAGUUCUCAUUCCCGGACCCACCGCCGCUGCAGCCACCCAUUCUGGGGCUACACAACGUGGACUUCAACUUCCCCGGUCAGAAGCCGCUGUUCAAGCAAGUCGAUUUCGGCAUAGACUUGAACUCGCGUGUGGCCAUCGUUGGGCCCAACGGCGUGGGCAAGUCCACCUUCCUCAAACUGCUUGUGGGCGAGCUGAGUCCUGUGCGCGGCGAGCUGAUUAGGAACCACAGAUUAAGGAUAGGCAGGUUCGACCAGCACUCCGGCGAACACCUGACGGCUGAAGAGACUCCCGCGGAGUACUUACAGCGGCUGUUCGGCCUCCAAUACGAGAAAGCGCGCAAGGCCCUCGGUACCUUCGGUCUGCAGAGCCAUGCACACACCAUCAAGAUGAAGGACCUCAGCGGUGGACAGAAGGCUAGAGUCGCGUUGGCAGAGCUUACCAAUAUGGCGCCCGAUGUUGUCAUUCUUGACGAGCCGACGAACAACUUAGACAUCGAGAGCAUAGACGCGCUGGCGGAGGCCAUCAACAACUACAAGGGCGGCGUGGUCAUCGUGUCUCACGACGAGCGACUCAUCAGAGAGACAGACUGUGCGCUUUACGUCAUCGAGGAUCAGACCAUUAAUGAGGUGGACGGCGAUUUCGACGACUACCGCAAGGAGCUCCUGGAGAGUCUCGGCGAGACCAUCAACUCGCCUUCCAUCGCCGCCAACGCCGCCGUGGCACAGUAAUCCUAACACAAUGUAUUUUGUACCAACUUUACUCAUCAUUUAUUAUUAUACUGAAUCGGGACAAUCGCGAACACAUAGUUUAUAGUUGGACCUGACGUUUCGAAUGUGACAUUCGAGUAAAAUCGAACGGUUAUAAAAUUGAUGAUGUGAUUUGCUUGAAGUGAAGUAGCAACUCUAGUGUACAAGAAAAUAAUCAAGAUUAAGGGUGGUUGAUUCUUCUGAACAGCUGACUGAGUGCCGACCGAGCAGCCUCGAGAGAGUCGCGAGUCCUCGGUCAGUCUGGCCCCAGGCCAAUUCUUCCUACGGUUGAAAAAAAAUCGCUCCUUUGGCGGCUUUCUCGUACCGCGAAUUAUCUUGCAUUCCUGUGACAGAAAAUUAGGAAUAACUCUGUGUGUGACAUGCAGACUUGUAAAAAAAAUCCAUUUAAAUUAUCAAUUACGUAUAUUGUGUUUUAGUUCUUGAUUGUAUUUAUUCUCAUUGAGCCGUUGUUUGUAUUUUUGUAUUACGAUUUCUUACCUAGGUGCUAUGUUGUGUAAGUAAACGAUUCUGUCCUUGUACUACUAAAGCUUGUUUUAAUUUAAAUGUAUGCUAGUUAUUUACCCGCAUAUGAAGUAUUGUAUAAAGUGGUUAUUAUUAGCUAUAUAAUUGUAUACAGACAUUUUAGCAGGUUUCCUAAGUAUUGGUGAAACCGAAAGUAAAUAUAGCUGUAGUUAAAUUGUGUCGCUUAACUUCAAACUCGGGUAAAUCCAUUCUGCUUGUUGGUCAUCACUCAGAUUUUGUUUUUGUAUAAUAAGCUACACAAUUUUAAUGAAUAGUGCAACGUACUUUUUUACUAAGUAAUUUUUCAAGAUUAUCUCUGGAAUUUUUUCGUGCCUCUUAACCGUUCAUUAUAAGUAUAUCACCUUGCCAGGUGUAUUAUACGCUUUGCACAAUUUCAUAAAACCUCAAGUAUCUUUGAUAAAUCUUGAAUUGUGAUAAAGGCCGGGACUGCGGAGCAGCAUUAUUGUCGCACUUACGUCAGCAAUAACGACAAAAUAUAGUGAUAAUCGGCCGCCUCCGUCUUUUCUAACAAACAAACGCACUUAUUAUAAGUAUUCCGGUAAUACAAGACAUAGUAAGGGU